AUGUUCAAGAUCCCCCCCGAACACAUCCCCGCCGUCCUCGACGCCUACGUCACCCUCCGCGCCACCGCCGUCCACCCCUCCACCAAACAGCCCUACAUCGUCUCCAACGAAUCCCGCCGCGUCUCCAACACCGACAGCCCCAUCAGCGCCGGAUAUACGAUCAUCUCGCAGUCUGUGUUUGCAAACUGGGAGGACGCGAAUUUUUAUGAUAAGGAGUGUCCGGCGCACAAGGAGCUGAAGAAGGUCACGGGGAAGUAUAGGACUGGGGAUGUGUUGACGUUGAUUUAUGAGAGUGAGGUUGGGGUUGUGCCUGUGGGGGAGGCGAAGCUGUGA